UCGUGAUAUGAGUGCUGCCGUGGUUUAGUGAAUGGAAGAACUGAAAAUCAUUCUAUAUCAUCCUAAAAACCUUAUCCGCGUAUUGACCGGACUUUUUUCACAAUUAUCAUAGAUUGAUGUCACGAUGAUGUCAUGCACGGAGAUGUAUACAAUAGUAAUUGGGCCAUCGAUGUUGACAUCUGUUCUAACCAUCCGUCUUAUCUCUCAUUGUGGGGCACCAAUGCCCAUUAUUCGAAGGCGUACCAUAUCUCUCCUUCAAUAUAUCCUUUGCAUUGCUACUCGUGUACUUGAUAGGCCAACCUGUCAGGUACAAGUCUAACCCGUAUUUCGACAUCCGUCCCCAAAAUAUCUCAUAUCAUUUUUAACAGAGACGCGGCUGUAUCGUUUAUGGACCUUAUUGAAAGAAAUCGCCUCAUCCAGUCAGCAACCGAGUUACACGACAGCUAAGUGACUAGUGCGUGUCGAUUAUUACACACACACACACACGGGAUUAGCCUGCUUGGGUGUGACACCGACAGCCUUUUAUUGAAUGCGUAACAGUGUUUAAGUCCGUAUCCUGGGUUCGAGGAGUAGACGUCCAAGAUGGCGGACUAUAUUUUCUCAUUCGUAAUUCCGCUGGUUGUUUUUAUGGCGAUGAGGAUUCCUACUGCGAUGUCGCUGUCAUAUGCAUCAUGCAAAGGCGGCUAUUCUACCCGAUAUUGCCUGUAUUACUUAAGUACAGAAUGCUGUUCCUCUGGCUUCUACAAAAGUGCCGUCUGCUGUUCGCCCCAAAAAUGUUUCAACGGAUAUUUUGGAUACAACACCUGUUGGCAGUACACCAAUUCAAAGUGCUGCUACCGUACCGCAGGCUCGGGUUCAUCGUCCUGCUGCAACAGAUAUGAUUAUUCCAGGUCUAGUAGCUCUAGCUAUUGGUCCAGUUAUUCACGUUCUAAGACACUAUAUGACGACUAUUAUACUGCACCGAUCGGGGCAAUCAUUGGUGGGGUGAUUGGUGGAAUCGUCCUUCUCGUCCUAAUCAUAGUGAUACCGGUCGUCGCAUGCGGAGUAUGCGCUGCUGCGGCAAACAACCGUAGGAGGCCUGCCCAGCACACAGCCGUCAUUACCCAAGGUCGGGUCCAACCAGCGCAAGGGGCUUAUGUCAACCGGGGAUAUGCACCUCCAACGUACGGGCAGGUGAUGCCUCCACCAGGCCCAGGGUUGCCUCAAUCUGACCCCGUCCAACCGCCACCCUACAACCAAGUGAUGUUAGCGGGCCCGGGGCAUGCAGGCGCACCACUAACAGCGUCGAUGUACCCUCAACCCGGCGGCCACUACCCUCCGCCUACCACCGUUAAUCCCCCACAAACCGGAGGACAAUACCCGCCUCCAGCGGCAGAAGAUCCCAGUAACAUGAAGAAUGCGGCUAAUACGCGAUAUUAGAGUUUAAUGGAUGGUAGGGACAUUUCCCUGGAUUGUAUGAACGGUAUGAGAAAGAGACUCACCAUAUCUUUGUUAGAACUGACACCAAAGGAAGGGAUACUUACAACUCUUAAGCAUAAUUAACACUGGAGUUAACUCAUCUUGGCGCUAUACCCCCUUCUGUCAAGUCAUGUGGACGUGUAUACAGUCCUGUAAUGCCAAGUUAAGCUGAUGCCAGCGUAAGUGACAAAACCUUUUUUGAACAACCAGGCCCUGUUUUGAUUGACACAAUUAUGUCACUAAUUGAGCGCCCAUUAAACUUAAACGCGAAGUUAAGCCCGCAGCACACUAGCCGGCUUUUUUUGCCGCAAGAGUCCUGAGAGCCUGAAAAAUCCCUAGUCUGCUACGAACGGCGUCGGCGAACGCGACUUGCCGCCACUUGCCGCAACUAGACGCCAAAUAUCUAACAUGUUUGACGCGUGUCGCCGCGUUUGAACGCAAGAAGAAGCCAGGUGUUCUACGGAUUGCCGCCUGAAUUGGCGUCGGCGGCGAGGCUAUGGCCAAUCAGUAUGCGUCUUGAUGUCACAUGAUUUCAAAAUGGCAGCCUAAAGUUGCGGAAAAGACGCUACUGGACGCCGAUUCUUGGCAGGUGUGCUCUGACCGGGAUCCACUGGCCGCCAACUUCGGCGGCGAGAGGCGUCAGCUGAAAGCCUCUUGUCGCCAAAGUUGGCGGGUAGUGUGCUGCGGGCUUUAGGGCCGGGUAAACGCCGUAGUGACUAACUUUUUUUUGAAAACCAACACUCGGCGUAUAUGGUGUGCCAUACACAACUCACCGUAUAUGAUGUUCUGUAAUAUCAAAAAUAUGUUCCAAAUCUUGAACCACGUGGUCGCCGGGGUAGAGUGCCGAAGACAGUCGAAUGUCGUAGACGAUUUGUUGACAGGGAAUGAAGCAGUCACAGCGGAGGAGGGGGUCUUCGGCACGGGAAUACUCUCCUAAAGACGAUUAAUAGGUUUAAAAGAUAUCAAAAAUACACUAAAGGAACAUUAGCCCGCUUUAAAAACGCUCAUUCUAAAUCUGUUUUGAGCUGCAAACGUGUUAUACUUUGUUCCUGCAGCUUGUAUGAAAAUGCCAAGACGUACCCACUUCACUCCUCAUGGCAUUGUCACACAAUAGAAAGCACCUCCAUCGCGCUGAGAUUUCUGUCACGAUAUUAUUUUGCACUGCACAUAAAGGUACUCACGCACUGGCUUUAGAUAUAUCGAAAUUCACGGACAGAUUGCUUUCAUACUUGAACUUGGAAUAAGAUGAACACGUGCUAUCUCAUUCAAAACUGUUAAAAGCAAAGAGAGCAAUGGAAUUGUCUUGACUGCCACUGACCCUAGUACGCAAGUCUUGGCUGAAUCGCAUGCUCCUGGCCUCUCACUGAUAAGCCGAUGAAUGCUUUUCUGCCAACCACGUGGCCGUUCUGCAAAAUAUAGCCUGUACACAAAGCAUUUACUUACUCUCCAUCGUUAGCUCACAAGCAAAAUACUCAUACAUCGUGCAGUAAUUCCCUGGCCCUAAAAUGAAUAAUAGGACACCAUUAUUAAGAAGUCCAGAACAACAGGCGUUAUCAGAUCAUAUUAAACAAAAAUGAUGAAACAGUUCUGAAAGACCAUUGAAGCCGCAUGGGCCAUUGCCAGACAGCAAACGAGGCGACUUCUUCUUUGCCAAAAAUGAACACUGUCCCUGAUCCCAACGGAUAAUAGUCGCAUCCUCACAGACUUUCAAUCAAUCUCAACGACCCUACAAAGAAAAUAAAAAUCAUGUUCACAUCCUCCACGCUACCAAAGAAGUGUAUGACUUAUGCUUGGCUUACUUGCAAAAAAUUAAAUGUGCUGUUUC